AGAUAAGAAAUAUUGUUUGAGAGUCGGGGUAGUGUACGGAGUUGUUCUCUCAUAAGGAUCUCGAGAAAAGGAUUAGCCAUGUCGUCCUUGAUUAGAAAGGUGAUCAGCACCGCGAAAGCCCCAGGGGCCAUUGGUCCCUACAGUCAAGCCGUGUUAGUGGACAAGACUGUUUACAUUUCAGGACAGAUAGGCAUGGACCCUUCAAGUGGACAGCUUGUGCCAGGAGGGGUGGCAGAAGAAGCUAAACAAGCUCUUACAAACAUGGGUGAAAUUCUGAAAGCUGCAGGCUGUGACUUCACCAAUGUGGUAAAAACAACUGUUCUGCUGGCUGACAUAAAUGACUUCAAUACUGUCAAUGAAAUCUACAAACAGUAUUUCAAGAGUGGUUUUCCUGCCAGAGCUGCUUACCAGGUUGUUGCUUUGCCCAAAGGAGGCCGUGUUGAGAUUGAAGCAGUAGCUGUCCAAGGACCUCUCUCAACAGCAUCACUCUGAGUGGGCCCAGCAUUAUUUAGUCUAGAACGUUAAUAACGUUUUUUAAUUAACACCUUAAUUUUUACAAGUGAUGUUGUAAAGUGUGAGAUUGACGAAAACAUCUGAAAGUAUUAUGGAAAUGUCAUAUAAUAAUGGGAAUUGAACAUGAAUUGAAGAUUGUUGAUGGAUCCAGCUACUGAUGUUAUAAAUAACAUUUAUGCACACUCGUAUUACUGGAUGUGGGAAAAAGACAUGCAUUACCUAGUAACUCACAUAAAUAAAAGUGAAGGGAAAUAACAUGUAGGAAAGAUGAGUUACUACUCCUGAGAAAUAAUAAAGAGCUCACUUAAUUCAGUUAAAUCUUAUUACUUUAAUGAUGUGAAAUAUUUAGGUCUCAUGUCAGAUAAAUGAUUCUGCUUUUACUUGAGUAAAAUUGAAGUAUUCAAGUUUGAAUGGUAGAGGUAAAGGAGAGGAAAGUGGACCAAAAUUCUAUAUGGAUGAUAUGUUUCUAAUGGAAGUAAAAUAGAUGUGCAGAUUUUCCUUGAUGUGAUUCUGUUCACUUAAUUUUUAACAGUUUCAUUUAUAUAUUACCUAAUUAAAGGGGGGACUGGAUCAUGAAGUUAAAACUCCAACUAUUUUUUUCUAAAAACUUACUUCUGACUUCGUACUUUUUACUCUGUUGGAAUUAGGCUAUGGAUAACCUUUUUGUAUUCAUUCUUUAAAGUCUUUUAACAUUUUUAGACAACAACUACAUGAAUAACUCCUUGUUGUAGAAGAAAUUCCAACACAGUGUUAUAUAGAUUAAAAAGUAAAAGGGUUGGGUAGAGGGGAAGGGGGUUAGGAGAGGGCGAAAGGGGUAAAGGGGCGCAUAUAUAUGGUGAUGAAUAAAAACUAGACCGUUGGGAGUGAGCAAGAUGCAGUCUAUACAGAAACGGAUAUAUAAUAAUAGACACCUGGAAUUACGCAAUGUUAUAAACCAAUAUGAGUUCAAUAAAAUAAUUUUUUAAAAGUA